UCUCAAGGAAGCCGAAGCUGUCAUACCUCAAGUGUUGGAGAAAAAUUGUACCUUCAUUUGGAUAUAUACACACACACACACACGCUAGUGAGGAACUGUCACAUGUGAAGUUUAGUGUGUGAAAGUUGAUAGAGGGAGAAACAUGGAAGAGGAAAACUUGAAAGGUGAAGAGGCAUUCAGAAAUACAAGUGUGCCAACAUCGUCAAACCAGAUCACAUUGAGGUCAGUGGUGACAAGCUUUGUCCUGAGUGUGGUGUUCAUCUUCAUUGUGUGCAAACUCAACUUCACCACAGGAAUCAUACCAUCCCUCAACGUUGCAGCAGGGUUGUUGGGUUUUGCAGUGAUCAAAUCCUACACUGUGCUUCUCAGCAAGUGUGGUCUUCUCAAGCAACCCUUCACUCGCCAAGAGAACACUGUCAUCCAAACUUGUGUUGUUGCCUCCUCUGGAAUUGCAUUCAGCAGUGGCACAGGAAGUUAUCUACUUGGUAUGAGCCCAUAUAUUGCAUCACAUGUUGACGAGGGGAACACACUCAUCAAUACAAAGAGUCUAUCUCUUGGUUGGAUGAUUGGUUUUCUCUUUGUUGUUGGCUUUGUGGGCUUGUUCUCUAUUGUGCCUCUAAGAAAGCUGAUGAUAUUGAAAUACAAAUUGACAUAUCCUAGUGGAACUGCGACAGCUCUCCUCAUUAAUAGCUUACACACACCAAAAGGUGCAAAGCUAGCAAAGAAGCAGGUUGCUUUGCUUUUCAAAAGCUUUUGUGGCAGCUUUGGAUUUUCUUUCUUCCAGUGGUUUUUUGCUGCAGCAGAUGAUUGCGGAUUUGGUAGCUUUCCCACAUUUGGUCUCCAAGCAUAUAAUAAUAGAUUCUACUUUAGUUUCUCAUCUACCUAUGUUGGAGUUGGAAUGAUAUGCCCUUACAUGGUAAAUGCAUCUUUGCUUCUUGGAGCAAUAAUCUCAUGGGGUAUUUUGUGGCCCUGGAUUGAGGGAAAGAAAGGAAUCUGGUAUGAUGCACAUCUACCUGGUAGCAAUCUAAAAGGCGUCCAAGGAUAUAGGGUCUUUAUUGCUAUUGCUAUGAUGCUUUGUGAUGGUCUUUACCAUUUUUUUAAAAUUCUAAGUAGAGACUGUAUUUCGGGUUAUCAUCAAAUCAGAAGGGACCAGCUUCUACCUCUGUCAAACUCUGUUAGCCCUGGAGAUUUUGAUCAAGACUCAAAUAUGGAUUAUGAUAAUCAGCUCCGUAAGGAGUACUUUUUGAAUGAUCAGAUUCCAUUUUGGGUUGCUAUCACUGGCUAUGUAGUCCUUGCUACUGUUUCCACCAUAAAUGUGACUCAUAUUUUCCCCCAACUGAAAUGGUAUCAUAUAGUUGUUGCUUACCUUAUUGCUCCAGUUCUGGCUUUCUCCAAUGCUUAUGGAUGUGGCCUCACAGAUUGGUCUUUGGCAUCAAAUUAUGGCAAAGUUGCAAUCAUCAUAUUCAGUUCUUGGGUUGGUCUUUCCAAUGGAGGAAUCAUUGCUGGCCUUGCAUCCUGUGGUGUCAUGAUGAGCAUUGUUUCUACAGCUUCUGAUUUGAUGCAAGACUUCAAAACAGGAUACAUCACACUGGCGUCGCCUCGCUCUAUGUUCUUAAGCCAAGUUUUAGGCACAGCCAUGGGUUGUUUCUUGUCACCUUUGGUCUACUGGUUUUUCCACAAAGCCUACACAAUUGGGGACCCUAAAGGCUCUUACCCUGCACCUUACGGUGAGAUUUUCCGCGGGAUUUCGCUUAUUGGAGCAAAGGGUUUCUCUUUUCUUCCUAAGCAUUGUCUUCAAAUAGCUAUCAUAUUCUCUUUCAGUGCUGUGGUUAUUAACAUAAUACAUGAUCAGUUAAUGUAUUAUGAAACCAAGUACAAGGUAUACAGGUUUAUUCCAAACCCCAUGUGCUUGGCUAUCCCAUUCUAUAUUGGUGGAUACUUUGCUAUUGACAUGUGUGUUGGAAGCUUGAUUCUCUAUGUGUGGGAGAAGAAGAACAAGGAGAAAGCAAAGGAUUAUGCUCCUGCCGUGGCAUUUGGGCUCAUAUGUGGUGAUUCAUUAUGGAGUGUACCUGCUGCUGUGCUUGCUCUUGUUGGAGUUAACUCACCAAUUUGCAUGAAGUUUUUGUCUACUGCUGUGAAUGAAAAGGUUGACAAUUUGUUGAGUGGUGGUAGGUAG